AUGCGAAACAGGGGGUGUUUGAGUAUAAUCGGUUCGCGGUUUAGAGGGGAGAAUAAUCAUUCUGCACAAAUUGGCGUUGGGACUCCUAAAGUUGAUUCUCUGGAUAAGUUUAUGUGUUUUGUAAUUAACAAUAAACACAAGGAGAUGAUGCUGGAGCAUAUGAAACGAUCAUGGUUGGUUCAGGUGGUGGAAGCGGUGAAGUGUUAUACCUUAAUGAUUAAUGCAUCAGGCAUACAAAUGAAGAACAUCAUCGGUAUGUUGUCCGUAAGACGAUAA